GGGUGAGCCUCGGGCUCUGCUCCCUUGCUAGCAGAUUGAGCAAUUUGGGAGCGGGAGGAGCUGAGCCUAGCAAAGCGGAGGAGAGGGGGCGCGGGAGGCUGGGCGCACGGGGGCUGGCCGGCAGCGCCCCUCGCCCCCUCCCGGCCCCUGCCCGGGCCCCUGUCCCUGCCUUCAGGACUGCAUCAGACGGAACAGGACAGCUGGGGCCCAAGCCUAGUAGGAUUUGGGGGAUCGCGAAACCAGCCGAGGUUUCAGUUUGGUGUGACUGUGCCUUAAUGUCCCAGCAGAAGUUAUAAAGCAGCUGUCCCCGGAUGUGACGGUGCCCCUCUUCCCACCUCUGCCCCCAGCCUCUGAGGUGGGGAAGAGACUUCUGAAUCCGCUAUGGGGCUGACAGCAGAGCUGGGCCUCCCCUGCCCAUUUCCAUCACCAGCUGAGAUUAUGGUAGCUGUGAGCUAUGGUCCAGCCCUGGGACCCACCUCGCUGACCCAGCUCUGCAGCCACUAGCUGGAGCCAGGUGCCCCCAAAUCACGCUGCCUUCCAGGGGGCCAGGAGCUGGAAAGUGACUAUGCGGCUUGGACUCUUGGUGGUGGUCCUCACUCUAAGCUGGAUGCAUCUUGCUGGCAGCAGCCGAGGGUUGAAGGGGAAGAGGCAGAGGCGGAUCAGCACAGAGGGAAGUCAGGCCUGUGCCAAGGGCUGUGAGCUGUGCUCGGAGGUCAACGGUUGCCUUAAGUGUUCCCCUAAGCUCUUCAUCCUGCUGGAGAGGAAUGACAUUCGGCAGGUUGGAAUCUGCCUGCCAUCCUGCCCGCCUGGAUACUAUGAUGCCCGCAACCCUGAUAUGAACAAGUGUAUCAAAUGCAAGAUUGAGAACUGUGAGGCCUGCUUCAGUCACAAUUUUUGCACAAAAUGUAAGGAGGGCUUGUACCUUCACAAGGGUCGCUGUUACCCAGCCUGUCCGGGGGGCUCCUCAGCAGCCAACAGUACCAUGGAAUGCAGCAGUCCUGCACAAUGUGAAAUGAGUGAGUGGUCCCCAUGGGGGCCGUGCUCCAAGAAGAAGAAGCUCUGUGGUUUCCGGAGGGGUUCAGAAGAACGGACCCGUCUUGUGCUGCAGGCUCCGUCUGGGGACCGUUCAGUCUGUCCCAGCACUAAGGAGACCAGGAGGUGUACAGUGCAGAAGAUUCCAUGUCCUGAUGGACAGAAGAGACGGAAGGAUGGGCAGGGCCGACGGGAGAAUGCCAAUGGGAACCUAAGCAGGAAAGAAAGCAAGGAAGCCCGCCUGGGCUCUCCUCGAAGGCGGAAGGGACAGCAGCAGCAGCAGCAGCAGCAGCAGCAGCCUCCACUAGGGACUGAAGGUCCCAUAACACCUGCUGCCUAGGGAUGACUCCAGGCCUUAGGCCCUGGAAACAAGAAGCCAACGCUGCUAUGUAUAUGAGAGUUUUACUGAACUGGAGUACUGCUGCAAUUAAUAUUCACACACAUGUACACAUCCAUGCACAUGAGGCAUGUACAUGUAUGCAGAGAUGG